AUGAUGAUGAUGAUGAUGAAUACAAGUGAAGAAUUGCUGUUUCAUCGUAUUGUACGUGCAACAAUUGAUUUGACUAGUAUUGAUCAACAGUACCAUCAACCAGCACAACAUCAACAAUCAAUAAAUUGGCUAGUUUUAUGCUUUAGCAUUCUAAUCAUUGUAUUAACAUGGUUACUGAAUUGUAUUCUACUCGGUGGUGCAUUACAAACGGCGGGAAAUGGGAAAAAUGUCUCGAUUGUAUAUUUUUUUAUAGGAUCACAAGCAAUUGGUGCUUUAUUACAUGUAACGCUGAAUUUGCCAUUAUCCAUUGUGACAAUGUUAUUUGGUACAACACAAUUUCAUGCCUACAUUCAUAUAUUCUGUGUAUAUUCCAUUUAUCUAGAUACACUGUUUUGUAAUUUAGCAUUUUUACAAACAUUUUUCUCUAGUUUAGAUACAUGUUUACGUUUACAUAAUCCAAUGCAAUAUUUAUUAUCUUUUAAUAAAAAAUCUAUGCUAUGGUUAAAAAUUAGUUCACCAUGGUUAAUGGCUUGUUUACAAUCAAUCGGACAAUUAGCUUUAAGCGAUCAUAAUCAAAUAGCUUUCUAUUCAAACAAUUUCAUCAAUCGGAUGAUACAAUCAUCGCCUCGAUCACAGCAGAUUAACAAUAAAUGGUAUCCUUCUUCAUCUAUCUAUUCACAAUUCAAUAUGGUAUGUUUAUUGCAGGAUGCAAAUUUUCUCAUUAUUCGUACUGUGAUCGCUUAUGGUCUACCAUUGAUCACUUGUUUAAUGCUGAUUAUGUUACAGUUGUGCAAUUUACGUCGAUUACGUAAUUAUCCGCCGGAAUGGUUGCAUGCUUUAUUCAAUAUACAUCAUAAUGAGAAUAAUAAUAAUAAUAAUAAUAAUAAUAAUAACACUAGCACUACUGACUACUUCACUUAUUAUCCACAAUGGCAUGCAAAUAUGAAUGAUGCAUCAUUGACGAGCAAUUCUAAUUAUUCAUUAAAUCCUACAAUCACUAGGGAGACAUUAUUAUUACCAAAUAAUUUCCAGUCGAUUUAUCGACUGGAACCAAUCAAUUUGCCGAUUACAUCAUCGAUUUCAAUGUAUGCCUAUCCUAAGUAUGAUCACAUUCCAAUAAAGACGAAUUGUAUUUCGGAAAAUUCAGAAACACAGACGAAUAAUAGUUCAGUAGCACAUAUUUCCAGUUCUAUUGAACCAUUGAACACCAUUGAACAUCAUCAUUGUCUACCAUCUUCGGUAGCAUUCCACAAUCCACCUCCUUCAUCAUCUCCUUCUCUCAGUCAUCGUCAUCAUCAUCCUCUACACAGUGAUGCAAUGACUUCUGAAAUCAAUAAUUCAAAACCGACUAAAAAAUUCCAUAAAUCAAUAUCUGAUUAUCAAAUCAAAUUAGAAAAUAAAAAUAAUUCAAUCAAUCGUCAUUUUCAACGAUCGUAUAGUUUAAAAACAGAUACAAAUCCAUUAGUAUCUUCACAUCAAAAUCAAAUAAUACGCCAUAAAAAUAAUUUCAAUCAAUUCAUUAAAACAAAUUUAUCAUUGAUAAUUUAUCAAACUGAACAAUUAAUUGUUGCAAUUAAUUUGAUAAGUUGUAUUCUAGCUAUUGGUAUUUGGUCACCAUAUAUUUUAGCCACAUUAAUCUAUGGUUUAUGCCAUCAACCAAAUUAUAAUAACAUAUUCAGUAAAACAAAUUAUCCAGGCGGAAAUUAUGCAGAUACAGAUGUUAGUGUGAAUCUAUUCAAUCCACAUUCAAUCAAUCGUUGUUUUAUCUAUUUAAGUAUUCAUCGUUUAUCUGAUUUUCAUUGGUGGGCAUAUGUAUGUUCUGGAUUGUUAUUACCAUGUUUAUUAUUUUUUCUUGAUUUAAAUUUACGUCAAGGUUGUUGGAAUGCGUUACAAUUCAAUGUAAAAUUGAAUGACAAUCAAAAUUCAAAAAAAUUGAAUAAUCACACUGAUAAUAAAGUUUUGAAUGAUAAUAGAAAUUGUAAACUGAAUAAUCAACCAUCAAUCAGUAGUCCUAUGAAUAAUAAUAAUAAUAUUGAUUAUAGUUUGAACAUUGAAUCAAAUAACAAUGCGUUCAAUGAUCAACAAUUUCAAAUGACUUUGAUUACGUCCCAAAUACACACGGAUUAAAUCAUUGCAUUGAUAAAGUUCAGGAGAUUGAAGGGAAGAGAGAGAGAGAGGGAGAGAGACAAGGAGACAAUACAGAUUAUUACAUCAUCGUGUUGCGUAACCAUCUGACUGAAUUACAAAUAACGUUUUUUUAUUAUGUUGCAGUUAGAAUGAAAACUGAUUAUUCUGACCAGAAGUGAGAAGUGUUGACAUUUUAGUUGAAAAUCAUUGAAGACUACUGAAUUAACCUAUUUACUUACAGCUGUAAUGCCUUGUUAGGCAUAGACCACCGAUCAACAUUCCCGAAUGAACUCUUAGCUUCGCUAACCUUUACAAUUAUCGAUGCAAUUUAAUCUUUGGUCUGUUGGCUUUGUUGCCAGUCUCCGAUCCUUGGCACAAACUAAUCUUUUGUCCGUCUAUACUGCUAGGACUAUUGAAGAUUCCAAGUUAGGAAUUCCCUCGUGAUAUUCCAAUCUGUAACAUGUUUUCAAUCACAUGAAAUUGUGCAUGUGGUGUUUCUUUUUCGAGAAAAAAAAUUAGUUUAUAAGUUUUCAUUCAA